CUCCUGAACAAUACCAGGCUCCCCGUCCCUUUCCCCAGCACCUGCACAGCACUGCUUCGACCCCAGCUUAUGGGGGUGUUCCCAAAACAGGGUUAUUCCAGCAAAAACCCUUUAAAUACAACAAUCAGCUCUGAUGGUUUUCCUUUAGUUGGGCAGGGCCAUUUUUGCUAUAAAUCAGAGUCAAUUUAAAAGCUUCUAACUAUGCUGCCAUAAUAAUAUCUCUUUCCUAUAACACCCUGCUGUGACACAACAGUUCUCCCUGCAGACAGAGGAAACUUGGGUCCAUGUUCCACAGGAUGCUGCUGGAUUUGAAGCUGUGUCAGAGCAGGAAAUAAUUUGGGGCUGGGUGCUGCUGUUGGAACUCAGGACCAGCAUAAAGAAUCUUUCUGUUUCUCACCUGCUCUUUAAAAUCUCGUACCUGCUCCUGCAAAAUUUCCCAGUUCCUGGAAACAAGAAGAAUUAUUUUUUGGGACAGAGCUGACAACCCAUCAUCUCCUGUGCUUACACCACAGCCCGUGGUGCCUCUCAUCGUUAUUGUGGUUUCCAGACCCCGGAAAGGUCGGGCAGUUCCCUGCAGAGCCAGGGAACCCCCUUUUCCCGGCCGGGGGCCAGGAGGAAGCGCUGAGUUCCCAGUUCUGCCUCCUUCUCAAGCUUUCCCCGGGCGCUGUCCGGGUUUCCCUGGAGAGGGCAGCCGAGCACCGCUGAGCUCCGGCGGCUGCUGCCAAACCCCUGAGCCGGGCACGGUGCCCAAGGGGAAGGAGGCAAAGCGGGGUUUGGAGAGGACGGGGUGUAAACGCUCGUGAUGCCACCGAAUGAGGGAGCUGGGAUCCCAGCAGGAGGGAAAGUUGAGUUCCCCGCUGGAGAGCCGAGUUGCUGGGGCUGGGAUGGGGCUGUGGGGUGGCUCUGCGGGUGGCAGAGCCAGGUAAGGAGCAUCCAAGGGCUGAGGAUCACGGCUUUGCUUCGCCCCCAGGGCUCCCCACUACAGCCUGGAUGGUUACAUCCCACCACACUGUGGCCAACUCCUUUGGGAUUUGGGGCCAGCUUGCCUGUCCCUCCUGACCGGUGAUAUUGUCCCUGGUGUCACCCCGCAGGGAAAGCUGUCCCUGCUUUCCAGUGUCACCAGCAGAGCCCAGCCCCAGGCAGCUGCUGCCCAGCCGAAGGGGGAAGUGGUCACGGAGGGAGGAUGGAUGAGAGCAGGUACAGCAGCGACCACAGCCUCUGCAGCCCCGGGUCCUUCCUGAGCACACGGAUUGUGCAGCUGAAGACCUUGAUUUUCCUUCCACUUGGAGAGAAAAAUCACCUCGUUGCUCGGGCAUGAGUGGACCAUGUACAGAGGAAUUCAGGGGCACAGGGGAAUAAAGCAGAAUGGCUCAACAAACGCAGACGAAACCAGAAGUGCCGUGAGAGGAGAGGGAAGCAGGCGCUGUCCACAGCUGCAGCAGCUGCCCUGAGAGCCAGAGCCAUGGGAAGCCCCAGAGCAUCCGUGGGGAGAGCAUCUGAAGAAGUGCAGAAGGAAGCAGAAGGCUCUCUGUGAGCUCCCAGCUCCAGGUAACCACCAUGGAUUCUUGCAGGAUACCUGCAAACGCCUCCAAGUGCAGCAGGAACACCAUGGAGUGCUUCAUGGUGCUCAGCACACAGGCACAGAAAAUAAGCAUUGGCAUCCUGUGUGGCCUCUUUGGGACAAUGUGUGUUUUUGAGAACUCUCUGGUGCUCUACCUGAUUUUCUCAUCCCCUGGGAUCAGGAAGAAGCCUUCCUACCUCUUCAUCGGCAGCCUGGCCCUGGCUGACAUCCUGGCCAGCAUCAUCUUUGUCUGCAGCUUCGUGAACUUCCACGUGUUCAACGAGGUUGGUUUCUCCAAGGAGGUGUUCCUGCUGCAGCUGGGAGGGGUGAACACGUCCUUCUCUGCCUCCCUCAGCAGCCUGCUGCUCACAGCCCUGGACCGCUACAUCUCCAUCAGCCGGCCCUCGGAGUACAAGCUCCUGAUGACCAGGAAAAGGGCCUGGACAGCCCUGGCAGUGCUCUGGGUCACCUGUGCCACCAUUGCUGGCCUGCCCCUGCUGGGCUGGAACUGCUGCGUGCUGGAUUCCGCCUGCUCCGAGCUGUUUCCCUUUGUGGAUGACAAUUACCUGUCGGGCUGGGUCUGCUUCGUCGUGGUCCUGCUGGGCUGCAUCGUCUACGCCUACGCCCACGUGCUCUGGAGGGCUCGCCAGCACGUGGCCUACAUGGAGAAGCACCAGGCACAGGCAGGGAAGCAAAACAGCCGGAUGAGGAUGGACGUGAUGCUGGCCAUGGUGGUGGCUGUCCUCAUGCUCUGCUGGUCCCCCGUGCUCGUGCUGAUGAUCUACAGCAUCUUCGGCAGGCUGAGCGACCGCCUGCGCAAGGUGUUCGCCUUCUGCAGCACCCUCUGCCUGCUCAACUCCAUGGUCAACCCCAUCAUCUACGCCCUGCGGAGCAAGGAGCUCUUCUCCUCCCUGAGGAGGGUGUUGUCCCACUUCAGGAGGCAGCUGAAGGCCCCUGAGGAGAGCCCAGAAGCAGAGAGCACCCACAAGUCCUCCGUGGUAGAGACCGUCUGCGAGGACACGCACGCCGUGUAGGGAGGCACUGGUGGGAGAUCCACCCACUCAGCCUGGAAGGAACAGUCUGGAUCACUGUUCCUUCUAUCUUCUCUUCUGAUGGGAGUUGAGGGAUCAGCUGUGAUGUGGAGAUAGCUCCUGCUGCUGUCACCCUUCGACGCCGGGACAUGAUGUGCACAGACUUUGCUCUCAGGCGCAGGUUGGGACUGUUGGGGUGUCCUGUGCAGGGCCAGGACUGGAUCAUCCUUGGGGUGUCCCUUCCAGCUCAGGAUAUUCCAUGAUUCCGUGAUAAUCUCCCACCAGGGGAGGUUCAGGUUGAGCAUCAGCAGGAAUUUCUUCAUGGAAAAACUUUGGAAGGAGCUGCCCAGGGAAGUUUGGAGUCCCCAUCCCUGCAGGUGUCACCUGGACAUGGCACUCAGUUCUCUGGGCUGGUGACAAAGUGGGGACUGGGCACAGCUUGGACUCAGUGCUCUGGGAGAGCUUUUCCAACCUCUUACUGUGGCUUAAGGACUUGGCCAGAGCUGGGGCAGACAGGACCUUGCAGACAGCACAUUUCUUCCAGCAGAUUUCAGGAGAACUGACCGAACCACACAGGUGUUUGUUGGAUGUUGUGUGAUUAAACAUACAAGGCAUUUUCCAGGGUUUUCUUCCUUUUCUUUCCUGGUGUGCAAAGUUCUCCAGGUGACAAGUUUAAGCCCAAACUGGGGCAGAUACUUUGAGCACGAGGAACUUGAUUGGGGUUGUUUUUCUGCAAAUUACACAAAAGCAGCACUUUUAGCUGAAUGGACAAUGAAGUGGGACAGUGCCCUUCACCAGUGACCUGGAGCAGCUGGGCUCCUGCCAGCUCCCAAAAUGCCUCCAACAGGGAUGAGCCUGGCUGGGGCAUGGCCACGAGGCCCUUGCACUCUGCCCUGUGUCCCAGAGGAUGCACUGCCCAGGCUCCCCAGGGAAUGGGCACAGCCCCGAGGCUGCCAGAGCCCCAGGAGCCUUUGGACACCACUGCAGGGAUGCA